AUUAAUAUUUCAAAGGCCAGUUGGGUUCAAGGAAACUAAGCCACCGUCCAUGAGCAUGCACCGAUGAUCAGAGAGGGGUAGCAAGUCAACAAUGGGACCCUUAAUUUGCACUGAUAAUUAAAAAGCUGAUCAAAGGAAUCCGUCCAGCCAGCCAGCCAGCAAUCAGAGCCUACCCAAUCUCGAGGUAUAUAAUAACAAAAUUAAAGAAAAAGUGACAAGAAUCUUCAGUAGCCGUGUUGAUAAAAAGUAUUAUCUUCACAGGCAAAGCAACCAAAAGCAGCAAAAAGCAAAGCUAAGGGCGGUUUAACCAUAAAUAAGCCAUAUGAUAUGGCAGGGCAUGGUCUAAAGGCUCCCAUUCCAAUUCUUGCUCUUCAAGUUACGCACCUUUUCCCUCUCCCCCCCACUUUUUCUUCCCCCUUCACUGGCUAAGGUACCCUGCUGGAACACCCACCAUUACUUACGUAUUAUGUACUACACACACUCACGCACGCACACACAUAGUUUCUGCAUCUCCUUCUUCUACAAGACUAGGAAUUGGUAGAAGCCCUAAAUCCCACGUACCCAAUCAAACAGUGUGAGAUAUAUAUGUGUGUGUGCGCGCGCGCGCGCAUGCGUAUAGGUCAUCACAAAUUCACAGAAGAGAAAAAUAUAUACAACAGUAGUGUUGUUUGAAGGCAUGGCGUCAAGUACCAGAAAGCUGAUCGUGGAGGUCAUCGACGCUCGCGAACUGCUUCCAAAAGACGGCCACGGGACGUCCAGUCCCUACGUGAUUGUGGACUACUACGGGCAGAGGAAGCGGACCAAGACGGUAGCUCGCGACCUCAACCCCACUUGGAACGAGUUGCUCGACUUCAAUGUCGGCAAGCCUUCCGAUGUCUUCGGCGACGUGCUCGAGCUGGACGUGUACCACGACAAGAGCCUCGGCCCCACCACCCGCACCAAUUUUCUGGGCCGAGUUAGGCUCAGUUCCGGUCAGUUCGUUACAAAAGGCGAGGAGGCCUUGAUUUAUUAUCCCCUCGAGAAGAAGCACUUGUUCAGUUGGGUCCAGGGCAAGAUUGGCCUCAAGAUUUACUUUGUCGAUGAGCCGGUUGCUCCUCCUCCUCCUCCGCCGCCGGCUGCUGAGGACGUCAAGCCGCCGGAUGAAAUACCUCCCACUGAACCCCAGCCAGCUGAUCAGGAAGCAAAGACUGCAGAAACCGCAGCUGAUACUAAUGCAGGAAACUCUGAUCCAUCAGCAGAAGCUGCUCCCGCUCCACCCGCGGAGAAGCCAUCCGACGGCGGAGAUAAACCCAGUGAAGAUCAACCACAAGCUCCACCAUCCGCGCCGGAAAGUGCUGCUGCUGAAAAAGAUAACACAGCCCCGGGAUCAGAUGCACCACCACCACCUGAAGAAGGAGAUGGUGUUCCUAUGGAGCCACCGCCGCCGCCGCCUCCAAUUUUGCCUGAAGCAAAGGCGUUCACGGCCACGAGAUCCGUUUCUGAAAUCAACAUGACCGGGUUGAAGGGUCCGAGGCCCAUUUCUCGGGCUGCCUCAGUCAGCAGCUUCACGUCGGAUCUAUCCGACACAGUUCCGAUCGAGCGAUCGGCGUUUGACCUAGUCAACAAGAUGCACUACCUGUUCGUCCGAGUCGUGAAAGCCCGAUCGCUCCCCACAAAAGGAAACCCCAUAGUGAAGAUUGCAGUGUCGGGGUGUGUAGUCGGAUCCUCUCCGGCCCGCAAAAUGCAGUUCUUCGAGUGGGACCAGACAUUCGCUUUCGGCCGAGAUUCCCCUGAUUUUUCCACCAUCUUAGAGGUCUCCGUGUGGGACCCACCAAGGUCCAGCGCGGCAACCCCUGCAUCCGACGUGGCCGGACACAACUUCCUGGGUGGCAUAUGCUUUGAUGUGUCAGAGAUCCCACUGCGAGACCCACCGGACAGCCCUUUGGCCCCACAGUGGUACAGAUUGGAAGGAGGCGGGGCCCAUUCUGGCGAUCUGAUGCUCGCCACCUGGGUGGGCACCCAAGCGGACGAAUCAUUUCCCGACGCGUGGAAGACAGACACAGCUGGCAACCCCAAUUCCCGGUCUAAAGUCUAUCAGUCCCCUAAACUCUGGUACUUGAGACUGACGGUGCUCGAAGCCCAAGACAUCCUGCCGUUAAUUCCCUCCAGACAAUCCUCCUCCCUCACCCUCCACUUCCAAAUCAAAGCCCAGCUCGGCUUUCAAAUGCUGAAAACCCGACCCGCCGUUAACCGUAACGGAUCUCCGUCCUGGAACGAGGACCUGGUCUUCGUGGCCGCCGAGCCAUUCGCCGACCAGCAGCUAAUAAUCUUCCUAGAAAGCAAGCAACCCAAAGAAUCCGUUCGGUUUGGGAUUGCCACCAUACCGCUCACAUCCAUAGAGCGCCGUGUUGAUGAUCGACAGAUUGCUGCUAGAUGGUUCAGUUUGGACGACCCGAACGCGGAGAAGAGGAUCUACAAGGGCAGGCUCCAACUACGCGUAUGUUUCGACGGCGGAUAUCACGUGAUGGACGAGGCAGCCCACGUGUGCAGCGACUACCGCCCGACGGCAAGACAGCUUUGGAAGCCCUCCGUCGGGACAGUAGAGCUUGGGAUCGUCGGUUGCCGGAACUUACUCCCUAUGAAGACAAUCAACGGGAAAGGGUCCACCGACGCCUAUGCUGUGGCCAAGUACGGUAACAAAUGGGUCCGCACCCGAACCAUCUCGGAUAGCUUGGACCCGAAGUGGAACGAGCAGUACACGUGGCGGGUAUACGAUCCAUCAACCGUGUUGACUGUCGGCGUCUUCGACAGCUGGGAGGCAUUCGACGUGGACGCUGCGCCGAAAGAGUCCGUUCGUGCAGAUUUUAGGCUCGGGAAGGUACGGAUACGGGUGUCUACGCUGCAGAUGGGUACGGUGUAUAAAAAUACGUAUCCACUGAUGAUGCUCACACCCGCCGGGCUGAAGAAAAUGGGAGAGAUAGAGUUGGCAGUACGCUUCGUUCGAUCGACCGGGACGCUUGAUUUCCUCCACGUGUACUCGCAGCCGCUGCUGCCCGUGAUGCACCAUAUCCGCCCACUCGGCCUGGCUCAACUGGAGAUGCUGAGGAGUGCCGCCGUGAAGAUUGUGGCUGCUCAUUUGACCCGGUCCGAGCCGCCGCUUCGUCGGGAGGUGGUGAGCUACAUCCUGGACGCGGACUCGCAUGGGUUCAGCAUGCGGAAGGUGCGGGCCAACUGGAUACGGAUCGUCAGAGUAGUGGCCGGGGUAGAUGACGUGGUGAAAUGGGUGAACGACACGCGUGCUUGGAGGAAACCCAGCGCCACGGUGCUGGUGCACGCCUUGGUGGUGAUGCUGGUGUGGUACCCGGACCUGAUCAUCCCUGCCCUGGCAUUCUACCUGUUCGUGGUGGGAGCAUGGAAUUAUCGGUUUCGGGGGAGAGAGCCGCCGGCCCAGUUCGAUCCGAAAUUGUCGAUGGCGGAGGCCAUUGAUAGGGACGAGCUGGAGGAGGAGUUCGACGGGAUGCCAAGCGGGAGCGGGAACGAAGUUGUGAGGGCGAGGUACGACAAGCUGAGGAACAUCGGGGCGCGCCUGCAGACGGUGCUGGGGGACAUUGCGACGCAGGGGGAGAGGAUGCAGGCGCUGGUGACCUGGAGGGACCCGAGGGCAACCGCCAUAUUUGUGGGUCUGUGCUUGCUGGUGGCGCUGCUAUCGUAUGUGGUGCCGUCGAAGAUGGUGGCCAUGGCGUUUGGGUUUUACUAUCUGCGCCAUCCCAUCUUUAGAGACGGAAUGCCGUCGCCGGCCUUGAACUUCUUCCGGCGGCUUCCUUCUCUGUCCGAUCGAAUUAUGUAGCUGCUUGCUAGCUUCCAGCAUGGAUUACUAAGUAAUAUUAAUAUUAAUAUAUUGUAUUUAGUAGAGGUAAUUUUGUUGGCUAAUCA